AUGACCUGCUUCGGCGCACUGCUCGCGGCAACUGCUUCAGCCGAUAUUCCGUAUGAACAAUGUGCGGGUCCGACGCGCGAAGAGGCAUGCCAGAGAACACGUUCUUCUGCGUGCGCGGCACGAGAAGAAGGAGACUUAAAGACAAAAAACCACUCGCCCCCGAUCGUUAAAUAUGUCUUGGCGCAGGAUGCCGCGCGUCUGCUGUACCUCGUGGCCGCCGCCGAUCCAUCGGUAGUGUGUGACGGGUGGCUUCACACUGCGACGUACGGAGACGAGGAAGCGUACUGUAACGUGUGCAGGCGGCUGUUGCACGUGAUGUCAAAGACCGCCACGUGUCAUCGAUGA